AUAACUCAGCACUGUUAAUAUUUGUCUGCGAAAACAGCUGUGGCCAUUGUCUGUUAACUUGCUUAGUCUAUUUAUUUAUUUAAUCAAAUACCAUGUCGAAGAUUUCAACUGUGGCACCACCUCCUCCCCCACCACCCAUGAUAGUCACUCCUAGCACACCUGCUACAACAAAGGAACGUCCAGUUGCAGACAGUAUAACCACCGAUGAGUGCAGUUGGGCAUGUGAGUAUCCUGAGGUGCAGAAAGGAUGCUAUUUAAGUCGCGUCUGCCAAUAUACACCACCGAAACACUGUCAAUACUACUCCGUAAACAGCAUAGUGCAGGUGGGACCUACUUGUGGAUUAGUGGCCCUAAGCAUGUUGCUCGGUGGCAGUCCCACGGCAGACGAUCUCCUCAAGGAUGCAAUUGACCAGGAGUAUACCCUUAAUGGUGAACUAUUUAGUGCUCAGUAUUUGUUUAAACUGACCCGGAAGCAUAUGCCAGGACCUGCUGCGUGCCAGUUGCAUGUAGGUCCUCUGGACUGCAAAAAAGUCAAAGAACUUUUAAAGGCCGGAGGCUGCCUACUAGUGCCCUACGAUGCCGAUGUAAACCAUGCGCCAUGCGUUAAAAAUGGACACCGAGCCCAUUGGGCUUUGAUUGUGGGUUACCUGGUGGACACGCAGGACCGGUUUUAUGUCCUGGCUCGUCAUGGUAAAUCUCGUAACCUAGCCGUUUGGCCAAUGGACACGCUUAGCCACAGCAACGAAAAUUUAAAAGAGUUUGCCCAACCCAAGGGCUACCCAGAUAAUGAGUUUCUGUUGCCACCGGGUGGAAUAAGUGGAUCUCUGGGCCUCAACGAGCGCUGCAUUCUUGUCAACGGCCUGCCAAAGCAGGUGAUUCAUGUUCGCUGGUCCUAGAUAUAUGUGCAUCGAAAUAUAUUCAAUAAAAAAACCUUUAUAAUUUCGUAGUUAACUUUAAUAUAUUUAAUAGUACAGUUAUAAAUUACACGCCUUACAAUAUUUCAUUUCGCAACGCAAUCAACGCACCUCGAACUCCAUUUCAUCAUUCAGUUCAAACGGGGAGAGAAACACGCAGAGUUUUCGUAUUUAAUCGGUUCGCAACUACUACGGGGACACGAAUGCGAUUUUAGGGGGAAUAGAAUAUAAUAUACAAUAAUGAUAUAUCGAACUUUCUUUUGCUUUAGAGCCAGCUGUGUAUAAAUUUAUGUAUACAUGUAUAAAUUUACGCUUUUCCAACAUCCGCUAAUAAGACUGGGCUGCCUCGAAAUUUCAAAAAUCACAACAAUAAGAGUAGUACACAUGGUUUUGUAUAUAUGGUAGAUAAGAUAGGUAACUAUAUAUAGUAUGUUUUGUAUAUAAUUUCACACACAGAUAUUUUUCUGAUUUAGGUAGUACAUAGACGACGGGCUUGGGUAUAAUGUCAAAUUUUUGUCAAGUAGGUUUAGUAUGCUGCUGUACUUUUAGGUUCAUUUGAUAGUUGGCCAAACGGGAGCGGCGAUUUUGAGAUCAUGGGGCCUAAUGCUCCCGAUUGCUUGGGAACUGUCGGUUAGAGAAUAUAUAUAUAUUUUAUUAUAUAUGCUAGUACAUGCCAACAGGCAAGAGCAACGUGUCCAUAGAAAUUUUUGAAACGGUAACUACAAAGUUUGGUUUUAGUUCUAGAACUUCUUGUACAGGAUAUUUUGAUACGCGUUGUUCAUCUCUGACGAGUUUAUAAUUACGUUAAGCAUAUCAUUAAACUAGUAGUGUCUGUUUGUCUGUAUGUGUCUGGUUGCGGGUCGAAAGUAUCUCUGAUAAAUUCACAAGUUGCGUGCGGAAAUGAACUGAACUUAAAUGAACGUUACAGGCUAACGGUUUAUUAACUAAAAAUUUACAAAUACUAGUU